AUGAGGACCAGAAGAAACGGUGCCAUGGCUCCUGCUGAGUCACCCCCAUAUCCUGGGAAGCAGCUACUGAUUCUAGCGCUUUGCCGGAUAUGCGAGCCCAUCGCGUUCAUGUCCAUCUUCCCCUACAUUUACCACAUGGUGAAAGAUUUCAACAUAACCGAUGAUGAAAGUCAAAUCUCCUUCUACGCUGGCAUGGUCACCUCUGCUUUUACCUUUGCCGAGUUCUCUACGAGCGUCUUUUGGGGCAGACUGAGCGACAAGGUUGGCCGGAAACCUGUCUUGUUGAUGGGUAUGGCCGGGACUGGUCUGAGCGUGUUGAUCUUUGGCUUUGCGCCAAGCCUCCCCGUCGCCCUCUUUGCUCGUGCCUUGGGCGGGUUUCUCAACGGUAAUAUCGGCGUCCUUCAGACCACGGUCGGCGAACUAGUCACGGUCAAGGAGCAUCAAGCUCGGGCGUACGCUGUCAUGCCUCUCGUUUGGUGCGUCGGAUCGAUUGUUGGCCCCAUGAUCGGAGGAGCUCUCGCGAAACCGGUCGACACGCUUCCGUCCAUCUUCACCCCAGGCAGUAUUUGGGACCGCUUCCCCUAUCUGCUUCCGAAUGUGUUCAGCGCCAUCUGUGUCUCGCUCGGAGUUGUUAUUGGUCUCCUGUUCUUGGAAGAGACUCAUGCGGAGAAGAGGAAGAACCGGGACCGUGGGGUGGAACUCGGAAAGCUGCUGGUCUCGUACUUGCCGGAACGGUUCAGGGGGGCUAGUAAAGGGCUGACAACGAAGAGUGCCGAGGAGCAACCUCUGCUCUUUGAGACGGAGGAAUCUUUGCCGGGAUAUCUCACCACUGGGAACUCGGCUGGUCCUUCAUCAACAGCUAGUGGCCCCGAACUGGUACCGAUCGAUGCGGAAGAGUUGUGCGCCCGGAAAUCGAAACCGGAAGCCCGGCCUGUGGGCAAGAUCUUCACCAAACCUGUGGUGAUGGUCAUCGCCUCGUACGGCAUCCUCGCGUUCCACACGAUGGUGUUCGACUCCUUGCUUCCCGUCUUCCUCAGCACCAACCCACCAGACGAGAAGAUGCCGAUUUCCCUCCCCUUCAAGUUCGCUGACGGCUUCGGCAUGGACACACGUACGAUCGGCGUCAUUCUAUCUGUGCAAGGUAUCUACUCGAUGGCCUCGACACAUUUCCUGUUCCCCAUGAUCACCGAGCGGCUCGGCCCUCUCCGCCUCUUCAAGCUCAUGUCUAUCCUCUAUCCGCUGCUGUACUUCUUCACGCCGUACAUCGUCCUCCUUCCCGAGAGCCUCCGCAUGACCAGCGUCUACAUCAUCGUGGUGUGGAAAUGCACCUUUUCGACGCUCGCCUACCCGGCCAACGCAAUUCUCCUGACCAAUUCGGCCCCGACGACCCUGACACUAGGCACGAUCAAUGGCGCGGCUGCCUCGACGGCUAGCUUGUGCCGCGCUCUGGGACCGAUUAUCUCGGGCCUUCUGUACAGCCUGGGGAUGGAGACCGGAUACUCGGGUCUGUCGUGGUGGGUCACGGGCCUGAUAACUAUUGGAGGUAUACUGGUCGGGAUGAGAAUCACGGAGCCGAGGGGGCGAAUGGACGAGAAGGACGACAUUGAGGCGGCGCCUGAAUCGCCACAGGGACCUUGGGAUGGAGCGGCGACGAAUACCCGGCCAGUAGAAGGGGAAAGCUAA